AUGAUUAAUUUUUCAUUCGAUCACAAAUUCUUUAAGAAUAAAUAUCUAACAUUGCAAUGAUAACUUUCAUAUUGCUGGUUCUCUGUUUCACGGCAGUAACAUCUAGAAAUGUGAUUAACAUUGAUAAUCCUGGACUAGAUUGGGACGAUAUUAAAGAUAUCACGUUGUCACCAAAAUUCCAAAAAAUCUUGAAAAGACUUCAAAAACAACCAAAUAUAAAAAAUAGUAUCGAUGAAGAAGUUUUUGAAAAGUUUGUAAGUUUAAAAGAACCACCAACGAUUGGAGGGAAAAAAGUUGAUUUGAAUCAAAUUCCACAUCAUGCGCAUAUAAUUAUUGACAGACAAUAUCGCUGCGGGGGAACGUUUAUAACAUUGGAAUGGGUUCUUACCGCAGCAUUUUGUGUCCACAAAAGUCGUCAGUUGGAUAUUUAUUCGGUGAUCGAUCUGAAAAAUUCUGCAACAUUCUCUACCGUCGCUCAACGAGUUGUGAUACAUCAAAACUAUGAUGAGAAUUUGUUACAAAAUGAUGUCGGGCUCAUUAAAUUAAAAACUUCACUCACUUGUAGUGACGCAGUUUGUACUCUACCAAGACAUUUAGAUGAAGAUGCCAAUCUUGUUGGAUUGAGGUGUACAUCUAGUGGUUUCGGAUCCUACUUUAGACUUCCUCCACUUGAAAAACCACCAAUAAUAACUGAACUAAAAUAUACCAGAAUUUCUAUAAUUGGUAAUGAAGCUUGUUCUCAAUAUUGGGAAAUGCACGAAAAGCAAAUUUGUGGCAUAGGCGAUGGUGAUUACGGGUCGGGAUUAUUCGUAGGAAAUCCUCUGUACAAGAAUGGUUCAGAAAGAUUCCUGAUUGGAGUUGUAUCUUAUGGAGGAUUUCUGUGUGGUUUUGGUCAACCCAGUGUGUAUACUAAAGUUUCAUCUUAUAAUACUUGGAUCAAUCAACAACUCGUUAAAUAUAACGAAUAAAUGAUUUUUGGGGUUCUUUAUGUGACAAAUGGUGGAAAGUUUAAUAAAUUUAAUUUAAUGUUUUAUUGAAAAAGAUUUAUAAGUAUUUUGCCUUAAUAAUUAUUCCACGUAAGUCAGUUAAGUAAAAUAUUGAGAUCGUUUGCUUAUGUAAAUAUCCAUUUCUGAGAGUUAUUAAAAGAAACUUAAAAUUUAUUUGUUCAUAAAUUGAUUUAAAUUUCAGGUAAAUUAUUUUUAUUCUCUUUGCUUCAGUUCAUCUCAGGUAACUAUUUAAAGUUCUAAUUUGAUCGGGUCAACAAGGUUUGCUUUUUCCAGUUUUUCAUGUAUUUUUUUGUUCUUUUUGUAUUCUUCUAUUUUUUCUUUUGUUGGAAGGAAUUUUUUGACGCUGUUUUCAUAAGGAUAUUCAGGUAGAGGAAGGAAAUUCAGGAUUCGAGCCAGAUUCUCCUUUACAAAGUAAAAUUCUUUCUUUGAAACUUCAUCAAGAAGAUCCAGAUAAGAUUCUGUAAACCUCAAACUCCACUUCAAGUCACUGUACCAUUGAUCGUUGUCAAGUCUUUUUAUAACUCGGAAUAUUAAGUUUUCAAAGCUGAAGUUAACGAUGAAAUCCAUCAAGAGACAAGUAUUCUCAAUGAUUGUAAUUUUAGUUUCAGAAAUCUUAUUGUUGAACUCUUCUCUGUCAAGUUCAUCUCUGUGUUGAAGAAUUAUUUCGUAAACUCUUUCUACUGCCACCACCAGCAACGACAAACGCAUUUCGAGAUUUGGAUUUCUUGCCACAUUUUUGACGAUUAUUAAUUACUUCUCUUCGUCUUGCAAUCAUUUUUCUAUAAACAUCUCUCGAUUGUUCAUUUUCAUCUCCAAGAAUGGACGACAAAAGGCAUAAAAUAAUGCUUAAAAAUUUCCCAGUAUUCAUCUUUAAAAUUGAUAAACUACACGUCAGUCUUCACUGCCAGUAUUAAUACGAAUGAGAUAAGAAUGUCAAAAAGCAGCUUAAAUCGAUAAAUAAU